CCAACCACCUCCUGUUCUUUUCUCUCCUCUUCGUGUAGGAGCGAGGCACAAUGGGAGAACAGCUGAGCCCAGAUGAGAAGCUUCACCUCAUCACUAGGAACCUUCAGGAGGUGCUUGGAGAAGAGAAGAUAAAGCAGGUCCUGUCAGAGAGGGAACUGAAGGUGUACUGGGGAACUGCCACCACAGGAAAACCCCAUGUUGCCUACUUCGUCCCCAUGUCCAAGAUUGCGGACUUCCUCAAGGCAGGGUGUGAGGUGACCAUCCUGUUUGCAGACCUGCACGCAUUCCUGGACAACAUGAAGGCUCCCUGGGAGCUGCUGGAGCUGAGGGUCCAGUACUACGAGCAGGUGAUCAAGGCCAUGCUGGAGAGUAUCGGGGUGCCGCUGGACAAACUCAAGUUCAUCAAAGGGACAGACUUCCAACUCAGCAGAGAGUACACUCUGGACGUGUAUCGUCUGUCGUCCAUGGUAACGGAACAUGAUGCUAAGAAGGCUGGAGCCGAGGUGGUUAAACAGGUGGACCACCCUCUACUCAGUGGUCUGCUCUACCCUGGACUACAGGCUCUGGAUGAGGAGUAUCUGAAAGUUGAUGCCCAGUUUGGAGGAGUCGAUCAGAGGAAGAUCUUCACCCUGGCUGAGAAGUACCUGCCCUCCCUGGGUUAUGCUAAGCGGUCCCAUCUGAUGAACCCAAUGGUACCAGGACUGACUGGGGCUAAGAUGAGUUCUUCAGAGGAGGAGUCUAAGAUUGACCUCCUGGACAGGAAGGAAGAAGUGAAGAAGAAGCUGAAGAAGGCUUUCUGUGAGCCGGGCAACAUUGAGAACAACGGAGUCCUCUCGUUUGUUAAACAUGUCCUCUUCCCACUCGUAGGAGAGUUCUCCAUCAAAAGAGACCCCAAGUUCGGAGGAGACAAAACCUACACAGACUUUGAUGAAGUGGAGAAAGAAUUUGGCGAAGAGCUGAUCCAUCCUGGUGACCUGAAGGCGGGUGAGGUGGCCCUUAACAAGCUGCUCGACCCAAUCAGGAAGAAGUUUGAGUCUCCAGAGCUCCGUAAACUCUCCAACACGGCCUAUCCAGACCCGUCAAAGAACAAGGGAGCAGGGAAGGGGAACCCUAAAGUAGCAGAAGAGGAUGAGCUGGUUCCCUCCAGACUGGACAUCAGGGUGGGCAAAGUCAUCAGUGUGGAGAAGCAUCCGGAUGCUGAUUCGCUGUACCUGGAGAAAAUAGACGUCGGAGAGGCGGAGCCAAGGACGGUGGUGAGCGGCCUGGUGGCCUACGUUUCCCAGGAGGCCUUGCAGGACAGGCUGGUGGUGUUGCUAUGCAACCUGAAGCCCCAGAAGAUGAGGGGGGUGGAGUCCCAAGCCAUGCUGCUCUGUGCCUCCAUUGAGGGGGAUCCCAGAAGAGUGGAGCCUCUUGACCCCCCUGAGGGGUCGUCACCCGGGGAACAGGUGUUCGUUGAGGGGUACGAGACGGGCAAGCCAGACGACAAACUAAACCCAAAGAAAAAGCUGUGGGAGAAACUACAGGUGGACCUAAAGGUGUCAGGACAGUGUGUAGCCCAGUGGCAGGACAAACAGCUGAUGACCAAACUGGGACACAUCACCUGUAAAACACUGAAAGGAGGCAACAUCAGCUAAGAGGACACACUGUCAAUCAACACACGUCACCACGGCAACGGCACUCUCUCUUCCUGCCCCGGAGAACUAAUCAUUCAUAUUAAUAAUAAUAUCUUGAUCAAUCAAUCUAACGCGGCGAUCGAUCCGGGUUUAAAUAAAAACGGUCUUAUUUACUAUCGUC